GAGAGGGCGGACGCAGCAGGGUAGGCUGAGAGCGACGCCCCUUUCCCUUCCUCCGGUCCCGGUCCCGGUCCCCGCCUUCGCCUCCGUUGCCCGGCCUGCGCUCUGAGGAUGGCGAUGAGCGCUGUGCCCGGGGACUGAGGCCGUGUAACCGGCCAGGGAGAACGAGUUUCCCUAAGUCGCAAUCCAGUCGCUUGGAAUCGGUUAUCUCCGACCCGGGGACUCGGAGCAGGGGGAGACCCAGAGAAUAAACCCCGGGAGGGGCGGUUUCCAGGCCUGAUGAUUCAACGUCAUUUAAACCCAAGAGGAAUGACUAGAUAAAUUGACAGCAACUUCCUGCCACAAUCAUGCAGGUUACUGGAGUACUUGGCAGUCCACAUUGGAAUCCAUCAUCCUAUUUGUGACUUUUUUUCUCUUUUAAAUGAACAUUGUGAAGAAAUGUUAAACUCUUAAAGGAUCUACACUUAUAUGUCUAAAUUAUAUACUUGAAAAAUUGAAGUUGUGUUUCAUACAACUGUCCAAAACCAAGAUAUAAUAAUCAUGGCUUCAGUUUGGAAAAGACUGCAACGUGUGGGAAAGCAUGCAUCCAAGUUCCAAUUUGUGGCUUCAUACCAAGAAUUAAUGGUAGAGUGCACAAAGAAAUGGCAACCUGACAAGCUUGUAGUGGUUUGGACAAGAAGAAGCAGACGGAAAUCUUCCAAGGCUCAUAGCUGGCAACCAGGAAUUAAAAAUCCAUAUCGAGGAGUUGUGGUUUGGCCUGUUCCUGAAAACAUUGAAAUCACUGUGACUCUUUUCAAGGAUCCACAUGCUGAGGAAUUUGAAGAUAAAGAAUGGACUUUCGUUAUAGAAAAUGAGUCACCUUCAGGCCGUAGAAAAGCUCUUGCCACCAGUAGCAUUAACAUGAAGCAGUAUGCAAGUCCCAUGCCUACACAGACUGAUGUAAAGCUGAAAUUCAAGCCUUUGUCUAAAAAAAUUGUUGCUGCCACAUUGCAGUUUUCUUUAUCAUGCAUUUUCUUGAGAGAAGGCAAAGCAACGGACGAGGAUAUGCAAAGUCUGGCUAGUCUGAUGAGUAUGAAACAAGCUGAUAUUGGAAACUUAGAUGACUUUGAGGAAGAAAAUGAGGAAGAUGAUGAAAACCGAGUGAAUCAAGAGGAGAAGUCAGCAAAAAUUACAGAACUUAUCAAUAAACUCAAUAUUUUGGAAGAGGAGGAGGAGCCCCCUAUCACAAAACUCGAUCCAUUUAGAGAGUUUGAUACUCCUGGACUGAAUCCUUUUGGAGACCCAGAUGAUGAUCCUGAUAUAGAAGAGAGAAAUAUUGGAACAAUGUCAGCCGCAAGACCAGAAGAAUCUUUCUACGAUAAUGAUCCUAACAAUCCUUUUAAUGAACAGUAUGAGAAUUCUCUCAAUCCCUUUGAUGUAUAUGAUCCUCAACCUGACAGGAUUAUUGAAAAUAGGAUAGAAGCAAUAGAACCACCUAAACCAAUGAAGAGGCAGAAUGUCAAACCUGUGGACAUGAGCAAGUACCUCUAUGCUGAUACAACAAAAACAGAGGAGGAGGAAUUAGAUGAAUCUAAUCCAUUUUACGAGCCGCAGGCUGUACAUUCUACAAAGUAUCAAACCUCAUUAGUGACAACUUCAGUACAACAGGCCGAGACAGAAAAAAAGACAAAGAGGAAAGCACCAUCACCUCCAGCACCUGACAAUACAUCCACACCAAAGACAGAAACUGUAAAGGUGUACGCCAAACCAGCUGCUGUGAUCGAUAUAUCCUCAUCACCAAAGCCGAGCCCAAACCCAAGUCCUGUUCUGGGGAAAAAGCCAAACGCUACUCAGUCACUGCUUGCCUGGUGUAAAGAAGUAACAAAAAAUUACAGAGGAGUGAAGAUCACAAAUUUCACCACUUCAUGGAGAAAUGGACUAGCUUUCUGUGCAAUUCUAAAUCAUUUCCGAUCAGACUUGAUUGACUACAAAUCUCUGAAUCCUCAGGAUAUUAAAGAAAACAACAAAAAGGCUUAUGAUGGCUUUGCAAGCUUGGGAAUAUCACGAUUAUUGGAGCCAGCAGAUAUGGUUUUAUUGGCUAUUCCAGAUAAACUGUCUGUUAUGACGUACCUUUAUCAGAUAAGGGCACAUUUCAGUGGUGAAGAAUUGAAUGUGGUCCAGAUCGAAGAAAACAGCAGUAAAAGCAAAUACAAAGUUGGUAACUUUGAAACUGACACAAACAGCUCCAUUGAUCAGGAGCAAUUUUAUGCAGAGAUAAAUGAUGUUAAACAUGAGGCACCAGCACAACAACCAAGCAGUGGAUUAUUUGAUGCUUCAUCUCAGGAAGAUUGUACAUUCCUUAGUGAUGAUGUUGGUGAGUCAAAAAGUGAGCAACAGACUCCUGAUGACCUUCCGAAUAUAAGUUCAACAAUGCCUUUCUCACAAAGGACUAAAAAUGAUUCAAACUCUCAAAAGUAUUAUUCUGUCAAACAGAAUACUGCUAAAGGUUCUUUGCUGGACAAUACCAGUGAAGGUGAAAGUACAGAGUCUAUACCACUACAAGGACAAAUACCACCGUUAGCCAAUAGAAAACUGCUGAAAGUAGACAUUUUAGAAUUGACUGACUCUUCAGAUAUUAGUAAUAAAAAAGAAUGUAAAUCACCAACACUUGAGCAUGAAGAUUAUUCAGGGAACACUAGCAGCAGCUCUGGGCAUGAGAUGUUUCAGUAUUCAGACUCUGUUGAGAACAGAAGAUCAGAGCUGAGUUCCUCUGUUCGAAAACCCACCCUAUCUCCAACCCAUAAAUUAGGGUUCUCUUAUAAUCGAGAUGCAGAUCUGAUCAAGAAGAAACGUGCAACAUUGCGCUGCUCUGAAGUGGAUUCAUCAGAAAGUGUCAGUCCAGGUUUGAACCAUUCGGGCCAACAGAGCAAAAGCGUUGAACUCAACUCUUCCCAACAAGAAAGAGAAAUCACUGAAGAAAAGAGAAUGGCAACAAGACAGGAAGAACUGAAAGAACGAGCAAGACUCCUUCUGGAACAGGCGAGGAGGGAUGCAGCUUUAAAAGGAGGAAAUAAACAGUCAGCUAUCCAAUCAGUAAUAUCAACUCGCAACAAACAGCUAAAUGAGCACCAAGAUGAAGAGCGACGUCGUCAGUUGAGAGAGAGAGCUCGUCAGCUAAUUGCAGAAGCUCGAUCUGGUGUUAAGAUGUCUGAUCUUCCCAGUUACAAUGAACUGAAUACUGAAAAGUUGAGAGAAAGAUCAAAGGCAGCUGGAGGUGAUACUGUUGGGGUAGAUAUUAAUGAGGAAGGCGCUGAAUGCUCUUUUUUGGGAGGUGGAGAGGAACAUACUAACAUUGAAAUUGACCUUGAUUCUUUUGGAACUCAGAACAGCAAGUCCGUUGACAUGAAGCUUAAGAAACUCAUAGGGGCUCAACCGCAGGUGGCAAAUUCACUAUCUACUGCUGUCCAGAAAGUCUCAGUUGACAGUGCAGAACAAGAAGAAAUCAAGAAUGAAAUGGAGGAUCAUCGUGCUGAGCGUUUGCGUCAAGCCACUGAACGUUUGCGAAGUCCUGUGGUGUUCAAUAAAGAUUCAGCUGUGAGACGAACCCAUCUUCAGUCAUUUAGUCAGUAUGUGGAAAGCAGACCAGAGGUUAAAAGGCAAAGAUCAAUACAAGAAGAUGCAAAAAAAAGAAAUGAAGAAAGGAUGGAAAUAUGUGAAACAACUCCGAGAAAGCCGUCAGAAGAUGAAGCACUUGGUAAAGGGUUCAAAGACACGAGUCAGUAUGUUGUUGGAGAAUUGGCAGCAUUGGAGAAUGAGCAGAAGCAAAUUGACACACGGGCCGCAGUGGUGGAGAAGCAUCUUCGCUAUCUCAUGGACACAGGAAACAAUAAAGAGAAGGAAGAAGCUAUGAUGCAGGAGUGGUUUGUGUUGGUGAAUAAGAAGAAUGCCCUCAUACGGCGACAGAACCAACUUUCACUUCUGGAAAAAGAGCAUGAUCUUGAGAGACGUUUUGAGCUGCUAAAUCGAGAAUUACGAGCUAUGCUUGCAAUAGAAGACUGGCAGAAAACAGAAGCUCAAAAAAGACGUGAGCAGCUCUUGCUGGAUGAGCUAGUUAUUCUGGUCAACAAACGAGACGCACUUGUCCGAGAUUUAGAUGCACAGGAAAAACAGGCGGAGGAAGAAGAUGAACAUUUGGAACGAACGCUCGAACAAAAUAAAGGGAAAAUUGUCAAGAAAGAAGAUAAGUGUCUCCUUCAGUGAGAGAGAUACACAGGAGAUCUCCCAUCGUUUAGAACACACCUUCACUCUCAUUUUAAUAAAGUCUCUGAUGGAUUUGAAUGAUAUCAUGUUUUAUGUAGAUCGUAAACUGUUGUAAUGUUUUCUGUUCAGAGCAUUUAAUCGUCCCAAGGCCGCGAGUCCGUGUAUAUGGCUGCAUUAUUAUGUCGUUUUUAUGAAAUUGUAUUUUGUAAAAAAAAAGAAAGCCGCGUGUAAUUGUUUAUUUGUAACAGUGACAUUUAAUAUUUUAUCAGUUACAUUUGGGAAGCAUUCUCUCUUAGAGGAGGAUGAGAAAAACAACACCAAAUCGCUGCGAAUGGAGCAGGACUGUUCCUAAUUGUUUCUUAUUAACACUGACUCGACUUUCUGAUGAUGGGACUGAUCUGCCUGAAAUGGACAUUGGAUCAGUUUUCAGAGACUGUAACCCGGGCGGGGGAACGGGUUGAGCGGCUUUUCCAAAAUCACUAUCAGUUGAGAAAAGGAUAAACCUCUACAAGAAACAAUCUCUAAAGUUCGGGAUGUUUGAGCUUGCUAGUCGCUGCAUUUUCAUUAUCUAGGUUUAUUUCCAUUGAAUAUUUCAAAGUUCCAUUGGAGCUAAAAAAAAGUCCGAUUUUUAAAAUAUAAAUAGUUGGCUUUUACUGGGCGGCCAUGUUGUAAAUGAUAUUAUCUGAAGUUAGAUUUAGUUUAAACUCAGAAAAGGGCUGAUAACCUCGCACCGGCUGGUGCAGUCGGUUCAUAGUCUGGUGUUUUCUACAUUGUGUAUUGAUGACCCUGGACAGCGCGAGUUGCUUGUUUGAGCUUCAGGAAUUUUGCUAAAACGUUUUUGUUUGGCUCGAAAAUGCUUGUUGUUUGUCUUCCGAAAGCAAAAGCAGUUCUUUAGAAGAUCGGAAUCAUUUUCAGUAAUUUUCUCUGCACCAAUCCGCCGUCAGCUGAAGCUGCUGCUUGAAGGAAGAAAUAUUUCUGUUUAUUUAUUCCAGGACCAUCUCUGAAUCUUGAAUAAAAAGUGAACUUUGAA